CGUCAAGGUUAUUCUUCCGAAGCAUAACCCGGUAGACGAUUCCGACUCCGACCUGGAGAUUAUGAAUCCUGAGGACGAGGCGAAACAGCUGCUUUCGGAGAAACAGAAACUCAUUGCAUCAAUGCGUCGUCCCCGACCACUGCCCAAGCAACAAGCUAAAUCGCCAAACGGAAAAGUACAGGUCUCUGCGAAACUGCUCCAUCAGCAGCUGCUCCAGAAAAGCCGUCUCCAAGCGAUCAAGGAGCGGGAGGACAAAAUUGAAGAGCUGAGAGCAAAGGGUGUCAUAAUCCAGACGCCCGAAGAGAGGGAAAAGGCGAUGCGUGAAGUCGAGUCUCUGGUCGAAAAGGCGCGGAAGGAGGCGCUGGGAAUCAAGAGGCGCGAGCAAAGAGCAGAAAAGCUAGCGAGGGGUGAGAAUGUGAGUGACCAUGAAGACGCUGAGUACGAAGAGUUGUUGGAGAGCGAGGUGGAAGAUAGUGAAUCUCCGGAGAAAGACGAAAUGGAGACCGACGAAGAAGAGGAAGAAGAAGAAGAAGAAGAAGAAGAAGAAGAAGAAAAGAGGGGUAAUGAAAUGAUUGAUGGUGAGGCCGACGAAUCAGGACCGGAGAAAGAGGAUGUCGAGAUGGACGCCCCGGAGGCGACGGCGAAGGACGUUGCACCAUCAGCGGCGUUUGGUCUGUCGUCAAUGAAUCAGGGAGACCGAGACUCUGUUUCUCUGACACCUCGUCUUUCGGCUAUGCCGGCUGUCGACGAUGACUUUGACGAUGACGAUGAUGGUGGAUUCGCUCCUUUCCAGCGCAAGCUGCCCCACAAGAAGCUACGGGUCACGGAUGACGACGACGGAGAUGAGAACGCUAUGGACACCGACACGGUUAUCUCGUCGACCCCGCAGGGACCUAAAAUUCCAGACAUGUUCAAGAACAUGGCCCAACCUUCACCUAUAGGGAUGACCCAGCUGUUUGCUGGGUCUAUGGCCAGCAAUGCUCCGUUCGGUACGCCUAGUGAAGAUAUCGGAAAGAAGGUUGAUGGGAUGAGACAACUUCCUGACGAUAUCCUACCAAACUCGCAAGCGCCUGUAUUGGAAGAUUCGGUACCGGACAGACAAGCGGGAGCAGGUUUAGAACUUCACUAUUCGCAGACCCAGGUCGACAACGCGGAUUCACUGCCGGUCUUAACUCUAGAGUACUGUCAGUCUCAAGUCAGCGUCGACUCGCAACAGAUGCUAGAUCCUACGCAAGAUAACGGAUUCGAGAGAGUGUCUCCUGGACCAGCUAGGUUCGAGACCUCUCCUGAGCCUGAGGCCCGUGAGGCAAGCGUAUCGGCCCAGCCCGUGGACGAAGAGUUCACCGAACCUAAAAAGCGAGGUCGCUUGACUAGGAAAGUUGCGGACUUUUCGGAUGAAGAAAAGGACUCCAACGCCAAUGAUUCUGCGGACGAUUCUGUGGAUUUUGCGGAUGAUGAGGACAUGCAGGAUGCUUUUGCUGUCAUGAAGAAAGCCGCUAAAAAACCUAAGGCUCCCGAAAAGCCUUACGACAAGAAGAACUCCGAAGCUAAGGGGAUGGUGCACGAACAAGCUGAAGAGUCCGAGGAUGAGUAUGGCGGGAUCGGUGGCCGCUCGGACGAUGAUGAGGGUGAUGGUGAUGUGGCGGACGAUGAAGAAAUGAAGGACUUGCUCGACGACGAGCACCAGGACAUCGACGAGAACGCCAUGGCCGCCUUCUACGCUGAGCGUGAGAAAACACGAGAUGAGAAGGAAGUCAACCGUCUUUUCCGCGAUCUCCAGAACGGCUUGUUGCGGAAGAAGCGGGGCGCCGAUUUCGACCUGGAUGACGAUAGCGACGACGAGUAUAUGGCGCAGGAGCGCAGAAGGCGGCAGAAGAGGCGACAGAUGGCGCAAAUCCGCAAGGCAUUGCUGCAAGACGAAAAAUUGGGCAAGAUUGCGGCUGAUCCCAAGAAGGCCGCUUUCUUCAAGGUGCUUGAGGAUAAUGGCAGCGACGAUGAAGGUGACUUCUUAGACCAGACCGAGGACGACUUUUUGGCGAACCUCGAUGCCUCGCAAUCGCAAGAUGUACAGGUACAGGCUCCUGAAGAGAACGCCGAGGAAGAGCCGUUCGGUAGUCAGGCCAGUGAUGCGGAAAGUACACCCUGGCCCCAGCCGCAACAGCUGGCUCAAGAACGACGGCCUGUACGCACCAAGAAGAGUAAGAAACAAGGUCUUAUUGAGAUCAGAGAGACGCUCUGCGCGAUGGGCGUGGAAGAGCCUUCCCUCCUGGACGCCAGUGAGAGUGAAUCCGAGGACGAAUUCGACGAGGAUUCGCAACGCCGCCGAGCCAGCGCUACCUCUGUUAUCGAUCGUACUCUCUCACGCUCCUCAUCUUCAUCGCUCUCCACCUCCUCUAAACUCGCGUUCCAAUCACGCGAUAAUAGCGCGCCGUCUGGAUUCAAGGUACCUGCACUACUGCGCCGAGCAACUAGUAACCUCUCGGUCGAAAGUCAAGGCCAGGUCACCACCGAGCGAAGCUUGGGCGCCGAUAGCCAGGGCCUCAAGAAGGGCGGCGGAAAGGGCUCCAGUAUCAACUUCCAUUCGAAGGCCAAGGUCAACCUGGUGGAGAAGAGCGAAGAGAAGAGAAAGGCCGACAGAGCCAAGGAGGGACGGCAAAGAGUCAAGAAAGGCCUGGGUGCGCUCGGUAAGGGGUCCUUUUCAUAAAGUGGAAUUGCACGUUUUUGGAAAGCAUCGGCUUGGGUUACGAAAGGAUGGAGUUUGCGGUGUCAUUUUGGUUGGUUGGGAAACGCCUAUAUGUUUGUAAUCUAGAUACCUAUUCCCGAUCGUGAAUGUAUGUGCAUCGUGCUGUCUUUCGACCGGG